AUGCUGAGAGCAGGAGCACUCCUUUGCCUCUUGGUGCUGCUGCUGCCGCUGCCGCUCCCCAGGAGCUCCCCCAGCGAUGAGCCUGCUCCUCCAGCUCCAGCCCGUCAGGCCUCCAGGCAGAGCCUCCACAGGCGCCUCCAAGUUGUCCUUUUGCCCUCCCCAGGGUCCCCCCGGGGCCCCAAGUUCAUCCCCAACCCUCGCCCAGGGCCCAAUUUGGGGUUCCCUUUAGGCCGGGACCCUGAGCCUGCACCUGACCCUGUAGCCGCCUCUGAUUGGGGCUCCAAAUGGGACCUGGCUCUAGGCUCCAUGCCAGCUCCAGGCCCAGGUUGCCAGGGUGCCCCCUGCCCUCCCCUCCCUCCCCACUUCAAAGGGAGAUCAGGUCCCAGCUCUGUUCCCGGGGGGCCUGCAGAGGCUGCCUUGCUCCAUAUUCUCAGUGCUAGUUCCCUUCCCCUUUCCCAGAGGUGCUUUGGGGCUCUCCACCUCUCUUGGGGCCUCCAGGCCAGCGGGUCCAAGCUGACCUUCAGGCUGUACCAGCCCCAGGGCCGAGGCCACUGCCAGGUCUGGAAAGUGACCUGCAACCCUUAUCUCGGGGCUGGUGGCCUCUUCUGUAGCCCUGGCCUAGGAGCCCCCAAGUGGACACUGGCCCAAUUCCUCUUGCCAGGCCGGGGUUGGGCCUGGGGCUCACGCCAGGUCAUUGGGCCAGCCCUGGAAGGAGACCUGCACCUGGUCAACAGCAUCCUAGGCUUCCGAGUGAGGAGUGGCACUCUGAGCCUGAAUCUCCUACAGGCCCAGACUGGCUCCUAUGGACAUGGCAUCUAUUACUCCAGGGCAGCCCCAGGCCAUGGCAGGGCUUGGCAGGCCCAGACCCAUCUCAUUUUCUAUCAACAGCAAGGCCUGUCCUGGCUGUUUGCCUUGGAUCGCUGGCACCGUCUGAGUGUGCAUCUCUCUCUCAGCCCCAAAGGGGUGGCCUUCUUUGGGAUCAGGCCCCCCAGAGACCUGGAAGUGCACUUUUUCAACAGCAGCCCCUUGAAGGCCAAUGGACCCUUCUACCUGCUGUGGUUCAUCCCCUUACAGCAUCCUCUCCUGGCUCCCCAGUGGACUUUUCGCCUGCAGCUCCCUGGGACCAGCCUCGGGCUCAACCGGACAUACACGUACCAGGAUCGGAUCCCGAGCGCCUCCCGCUUCAUGCGUCGCUCGGUCUUGCCAUUCCACCCUGACGGCUAUGCGGGCUUCGUGGAGAAAGCCGAGUGCACCAGCAGCGGCCUGGAGCCAGUCAUCUUAGAAGCCUCCUUGGACAAGUAUGGCUCCAAAGUGCUCAAGACAUCCGUAGCGUGUGUGAAGAACCCUUGCUCCAUCAAAAAGGUGAUAAUCUAUACGGGUCCCUUAGUUAACAGAGGCCAGUUUGAGAUUUAUCAAAACUUCACUGCUUACGCAGAUUUCCAAUGUCCCGAGCCCUAUAACAUGUCCCACCAGUGGUCUGUCUUUAGCGAACUUACUAAUGGAAUUGUUACGUGGGGAUUAAGAAAACCAGUUCGUGCAGCCUGGAUCGACGCGGCCAAAGAGGGCUACAUAGUCGUUCCAGUGAAUACCUUGGCACCGGAGGAGUAUAAAUUGCAAUACAAGCUGACCAUCACCACUGCUGACAAGAAGUCGGUAUCAUCCUCUACCUUUACACAUUUUAGGGUUAGUAAACAACCCCUGACUGCCAACAUUGAAGGAGGGCUUGCCCGCUCGGUGCCUUUCAAUGAGAGAUGGGUUUUGAAUGGGUCAAACUCCUCAGACCCCACAGCUUCUAAACCUACUGAGAACCUGAUGUACCGCUGGUACUGUACCACCAACUAUACCCACCUCGAAUCUAGGAACCUCCCCGUCUGGAGCACAGAUACCUGCCUUCCUCAGCUGUCAAAUCUGAGGUGGUUUGAUGCAAGGGAUGCUGUGGUUCCCGUGUUACCAGAAACACUCCAGGGCAACCGGACUUACUAUUUCGUCCUGCUGGUUAUAAAGGAUCAGCGGCUAGCGUAUGCGUUUCAGAAUGUCACCGUAUUGCCGAGCCCUCCACCGAGAAUAGACUUCUCCUGUAUUGAAAAUUGUGGCAAGAACUUAGUUUUAACAGAUCGCUUUUCCUUGUCUGGCGCGUGCCCAGACUGUGGGGUCAGGCCUAUGGAGUAUUUGUGGUCGAUCGUGGACGCUGCGAAGAGGGAAAUUCCAUUUGAUUGGACACACUGGAGCACUACUGGAAGGGCCAGUAGUUACCUGUCGAUUAAAGCUUACGCUUUUAAGGAUUUUCAAGACAAGACGUGUUCUGUUUUUCUCCAUACAUCAGGUUGGGGCGGAAACUUCUUAGUGGCUAACCAUUCCUUUUAUGUCAAUUCUCCACCGCGCAACGGUUACUGUGACAUUCGCCCCAACAAAGGCAUUGCCCUGCUAACCAGAUUUGUGGUCCGCUGUAGGAGCUUCAUAGAUGAGAACUUACCUCUGCAUUUUAAAAUCAUAGCUUCGAAUUUCUGGGGUGUGGAUAAUAUCAGUUCUAUAGUUGACAAUACUCUGGGGACUGUGAUGUACUUUGGGAUUAAAUCUGUGACUCCUCCUUCUUUUCUUCCUAUUGGGAUGCCAGUCAAUCACUACUUGGUGACGAUAUAUGCUCAGGUCUACGAUUCUCUGGGGACCUUCUCCCAAGUGACCCUGCAUGCCACUGUGAAUUCUCCCCUGGGCAGAGCCUCCCCCAAAACUGUGUUGAAUUACCUGUCAAGCCUCACUCAGAACACACCUGGUACAACGAUGACCGCUCUGUUUCAGAAAGGAGAGUUUGUCCAAGCAGGUUAUCUCGCCUAUCUGGUGGUUUCCCUUUUGAAUGAUGUGAAACCUCCACCCAGCUUAGAAGCACAAUACUCGGAAAUCCAACGUCGCCUCUUCAACAUUUCCAGGGUCCUACCCAUCAACACCUUGGAGGAAAUUAACCAAGUGACCGUAAUGACUAUGGGGCUCACCCAGAAAGGGCCUGGCUUGACUACAGAGGUCCAGGAGGUGGCCACCAGCAGGCUAAUAGAAGUAAACUAUGCACUGAAGAGAUACAGGGAAAAGGAAAAAAAAUUCCGUUCGGAACAAAUAGAAAUAGUGAGUACCGGCAUCUCGUCCAGUUUGUCUAAUAUCCUCAAAAGCGAGAUCGAAGUGGACAGGAUUAACAAGACUCUCCAUGUGGCAGAACUGCUAGCGAGUACAGUUUUAGCUGUUAAAUUCCCCGGGGAGUGCGAGACAGUCAUAACAUCCCCAAGCCUCAGAAUAAGUGUCAGGAAGGAUGAGAAGCAUCAUCUCGACAAGGCCUUCUUAGCCAAAAAAGACUGCCAGAAUUGCUUUUACCCAACGUUGAGAAAAAACGACUCUGCGUACUUGGCCAAAGGCGGUCCCAUUUCUACUGCGUUUUAUGAGUUUAAGGAAGGGCCUUUCGCUGGGCUCGGUGAAGGUAAAGGCCCCUCUACGGAUGUGGUCGGCUUCCAGAUGAACGAGAUCACAGAGAACGGGACCAUCCGGGAGGUCAUCCCAGAUCUUGUGGAAGUCUUUAUCCUCAGGAAAAACUUGUCGGGGGCUGCCUUUAACAUCACUGUGGGACCGGACAAAGACCUCCCCAGGACGACCUCGGGAGUCUUCUCUUUUCUGGUGUUUGGAACGUAUGAAGAGGUCCUCCUCGAGAUCAUCACGGAAGUAAGGGUCAUGUUCAAGGUUUUAAUCUAUAAGGGAAACAACGUCACCAACAAGCUCCCGAUUGCUUCCUUCUUGGUUCCCGCUGACCUGCCACCAGUGGCAAAUGAGAGUAAGCUCUUUGACCCUGCCUGCAAAGUCAAGUUCAAGGUCCCUCGCCUCAUUUGCCUCAGUCAAUCCCUGCUUGAAGCUACAGCCCAAGACGGCUUUGCCUCCAACUGGAGCGUCUCGGUGGUGUUACAGGCUCCCCCUAUUGUCAUGUCGCCAAAUUACCAACUGGUGAAUAUUUCUGUUUUCAUGGCAGAGUGUCUGAACAUGGACGGAGUUGAGAAAGAGUGGGGCAAGGAAGACUGCAAGGUGGGGGACAAAACCAGCUGGUGGAGAAUCCAUUGCAUCUGUCAGAUAAAGUCCAAGCCCAGGAAUGAAAGCAAGCCCGACGAGCCAUUGGACGCCAUAUCGAGAAUCAAAUACCUGUCUGCCCGCAUGAUCGUGAUCCCUAACAGCAUUGACCUGCGAAUGGAAAUCCUCAAGACCGUUCCCCAGAACCCAGUGGCCGUCUUCACUGUGGUCCUCAUCAUUUUCACCUACCUGGUGCUGGCUUUCUGGGCCCUGCACAAAGAUGAAUCAGACAGGAUUCGCCGAGAACAUGUGAUCCUCCUUCCCGACAAUGACCCUUAUGAUCAUAUUUGCUACCUGGUGACCUUCUACACGGGCAGCCGCCUGGGUGCUGGGACCAAGGCCGAUGUCUUCGUCCAGCUCCUGGGGAAGGAUGCCUCCAGUGAUGUGCACUGCCUGAGUCACCCCAGCUUUACCACCUUCUCCAGGGGCAGCACUGACUCUUUCCUACUGACAACUAGAAGUGACCUGGGGGACCUGCGGGCCAUCCGGGUGUGGCACAACAACGAAGGCAGCCACCCCAGCUGGUACCUGAGCAGAGUUAAGGUGGAGAACAUCUUCAACAGGGACAUCUGGUUCUUCUUGUGCAGGUCGUGGCUCUCCAUCAGCAAGUCCCUGGAGCAGACCUUUCCAGUGGCUGACAAGGGGCAGCCCAUCAACAAGAAUGACUUCUUCCAAAUCUUUUCCUCAGACAACCUGGGCACCAGCCACCUCUGGCUGUCUGUCUUUGCCAGCGUGGUCACGGGGCCAUUCAACCGGCUCCAGCGGCUGUCCUGCUGCCUGACUCUGCUCAUGAACACUCUGCUGUGUAACAUCAUGUUCUUCAACAUGGAGGGCGAAGUAGAGGUCUAUCCCAGGGAGCUGAAGUUGCUGCGGACAAUAAUGAGGGGGAUCGAGAGUGCGCUGAUUUGCGAGCCCAUGCAGAUCGUCCUUGCUUCCUUGUUCACCUACUCCCACAGGAGGGUCAAACCAGUGGCUGUUACCCAGGUGGCUCCCCACGUUCACCCCUUCGUGAAGUCUCCCUUCCAAAACUGGAAAGAGCGCCUAGAACUGUGGUACAGCCUCGAGACGGCCCGCAAGCAGGCUCUGGGUGAUGGCGUCCUCAGAAAAAAGCAGGCCUCUGGGAGCAACGUUACAAUUCCUGAGGCAGCAGCCAAUGCUAUCACGGAAACCAAGGGGAAGCCCCCCAGCUCUGCAGCUUUUCUGGAGAAGAACGUGACUGGCACGAAGGCUGCGGAUGUAGCAAUAAGCAAGGAGGAGCAGACUUCUGAAGGGUCCCUGGGUUCAUCAGCCUCUUUGGUAAGAAGAAGCAACGCACCAAAGGAGGGCCAAGAAGUAGAGCCUGCUUCAGGAGAGUCCCCAGAAACGAGUUCCAAAAAAGUGCUGCUUUUCGAAGCUAAGCCUCGCUUUUUAUUCCACUGGUGGUGCAUCUAUGUGGCCUGGCUCUUGGUCAUUGGCAGUACUGGUGUGUCCUCCUUUUUCAUUAUCAUGUAUGGAUUAACAUAUGGAUAUGAGAAAUCAAUGAGCUGGCUUAUUACUUCCGCAACUUCCCUGUUUGAGUCGAUAUUUAUCAUCCAGAUAGCCAAGAUACUGCUCGUGUCCGGAAUCAGGUCAAGUAGGACCAAGUAUUGUACGAACAUUCCAUGGACCACCAGAUAUAAUUUCAUUGAGAUCCGACUUCAAGGGCUUGACUUGAAUGCUGAUGAAUCAAGAGAGCUGCACUAUGAAAUCAUCCGGGUGCGAGGCACAAGGAUGUACCAACCAUUAGUCCAAGAUGAGAUCAGAAUAUUCAGAAGAAGGAAGAAAAUUAGGGACAGGGCACUCAUGUUUUUGAAGAAUAUCAUCAGCCAUUUAAUCUUUCUGACUCUCUUGUUAUGCAGCAUCUCUGUAGCUAGGCCCUGCCACAGCUUCCACCACAACCAAGCCAUGCAGAAUCAAUUCUCCUUGAACCUCACCACCAUCACCGAACUGGGGGACGUCUACAAGUGGCUCACUGGAGUCUGGCUGCCCUUGAUCCACAAUGAUGAGAAGCCAACUUUUCUCUCUAACAGCUGGUCCAAAAUUCUUGGCUUUCCCAAGAUGAGACAAGUGAGGGCCAAGUCCAUCAUAAGAGAGUGUUUUCUCUCUGGCACCAUGGUUGAUAGGUUAAUGAAAAAAGGCAUCCGCUGCCAUAGCCAGUACAGCCAGGUCAUGGAGGAUCAGAAAAAUUAUGGCAGAUUGUGGAGUACCCGCAGUAAAUUUUCUCUGGAUCCAAGGCCAGUCAGCUUCAUGUAUGAGCCAAAUCUCGGGAAAUGGAACUAUUAUUCCUACGGAUUGUCUCAUGUCUAUGGAUCAGGGGGGUACGCGUUUUAUUUCUUCCCCAAGCAGCAGCAGUAUAAUUCUACCACACGGCUGCAGGAACUUCAAGAAGGCCGGUGGCUCGAUGAAAAGACAUGGGCCGUGAUCCUGGAGCUGACCACCUUUAAUUCGGACACAAGUUUAUUUUGUACCAUCUCGAUUGUCUUUGAAGCGUCCCCACUCGGGGUCAUCAAUCCAAGCCUGGCCGUCCACUCAUUUGGUCUCCCCCUCUCCUAUAGGGGGAGCCAUCUUGAGAUGUAUCUGUAUGGAGUUGCCCUCGUAUUUAUCGUGCUGUUUCUAAUCGAUGAAGCCGUCAUCAUCUACUGGGAAAAGGAGAACUACGUCAAGAAUGUUUUCAAUUUCCUUAGCCUUGGCCUCAAGUUAAUGUUUCUCACACUUAUUUUGCUUUUUUUUGUGAAGUUCAGGUUGGUCAAGGACCUCCUUGAUUUUUACCUUCAGAACCCAGAUGGUUUCACUCCAUUUCAUGUAAUUUCCCUUGUUGAUCAGGGCCUGGGCAUCAUUCUAGGCUUCCUGGGCUUCCUGACCAUUCUGAAGACACUGACAUAUUCAAGAUUCUUCUAUGAUGUACGGCUGGCCCAGACAGCCAUCUUGGCGGCCCUCCCAGGCAUCUUCCAUAUGGCCCUGCUUGUGGGAGUGUACAUCUUUAUGUAUGUGACCUUUGGCUAUCUUGUGUUUGGCCAGCACGAAUGGCACUAUAGCAAUCUCAUCCAUUCCACCCAGACCAUUUUCUCCUACUGUGUUUCAGCCUUCAGGGACACUGCAUUUUUAAAUAAGGAGGUCCUUGGGGGUCUGUUCCUGGCCUCAUUUAUGCUAGUGAUGAUCUGUGUCUUAAUUAACUUGUUCCAGGCUGUGAUUCUGUCCACCUACGAGGAGAUGAGACAGCUUGUAUAUGAGGAGCCGGCGGCAGAAGUAGAGGCAAUGACCUUUCUCUUUCACGAGGCCAGGAAUCUUUGGCGCUCCCUCACUUGCCGGGCACCUUUCCGGGAGCAGCCCACCUACUUCAGUGAUAUGCUCUACGGCCAUCCAGGGAGUCAAAGGCACCAGCGCUUGGGGCUUAAAAGCAGAAACAUCAAUGGAAAAAGGGUGACAUAUGUGGCGGUAUGAAGGGGAGUCAUUUCGA